AUCGGUAUUAUGUUGGGGUUAAGGUGCGCCGGCGGGCAGCCUGUUUAUUUCCCUGACUCAAUUUUCCUUUAACGUACUGUGCAUGAGCCCGCCGUCAUGGUGCUGGCCGGACCCCUGCGGGUGGUGUUCAUAAUCCCCGUUCCGUGUUUCCCAGAUGAUACCACCAAUCUGAGAGCACGACAUGAGAAUCUUCCUUCGUUGGAAAAAGACGCCAUUUGCAUGUACAAGUACAGUACUUGAUCCGCGCACACGCCCUUCGAGCGACUAGUCCCCAGUACUAGCGCAGCAUUGUAAUCACCGUUCACUGUUACGAGUAUUAUCACACCGUUCCUAGGAUCUACCCGCACCAACAAAGAUGACCAAUCACCCUAGCGCCCUACCGGCAAUAGGAGCUCCCCGUUCAAGUAUACUAAGUGGGUAUAGAUCCGAAAGUUACGGCGGAGCACAGCGCUUGCUGUCAGAUUACUUAUCGCAGAUAUCCAGACUUUGAUAAUAGGAAUGAUAAUAAGUUAUCAUUAACCCUGGUCCGUUGCGCUGCCUCUUCGGAUCCCGGAAGCCCUAAAGGUGCAUAGUAUGAUACUCGAUGUCGAUUCCAUUAAACAGUUGACUGCGCAGCUUUGAGUUCAAUCGGUGAUAACCACCUUACGACUUUCUCAACACUCCCCGGAGCCUUAUUCUAUCAAAAGAUCGAAACCUUUGGAUCACAUUCUACUGUAUCGAAAGCCUUGGCAGCAGUGGCGGCGGUGGCCAACUUAGAGAUACAGGCACGGGCAGGUGCCUUGAGAACUUACUGCGGCGCAAAGGGACCCGUUUGCGAACGUCUUAUAUCACCGACACAAAUAUCAUACUCCAUUAACGGAAGAACCUAGCACUCUCUCAAAUGGAGUUUGAGACGAUCUGCCAAUCACCAACAUUCACUACCCCCCCCCCUUUGAUUAAUCUUCCUCAAGGAUAUAUGAAAGCGUUCGACAUAGCUGGAACUCUACUAAGUCUUACUGCAAGGACGCUGUGAUGAUUUUAAAUACAAACAUAUAUGCUCAAGGACCGCAAAACACCUUCAACCGUACGCCAUUGAAUAUUUUCUGCAAUGGUUCUUGGACAUGCUACUUUGCUGGCGGUUCAGCGCCGUUUAGGUACAGGUCUACUUCCCGCUUGGAUUUGGAUAACAUAUAAUACCGGUCAUGCUCUCAAACGCCCCGGAAAUACCAGUGGGAUAUUAGACGCAAGCCUGGACCAUCCAGGGCACAGGGGCUCUGUUCUGGAUAUCCAAUCACGAACUCCGAAGGGAUAUUUUCUCACUCCUCGUAUCGGACAUAAAAGCUUGUCCCAGGGUAAGGAGGGGGGGACAGGAAAGAGAACGAAAGGGUGCGAGAGAAAAUCUAAUAAAGAAAUCGCAUGCAAAACCAGUAUAAAAUCUUGGAUGUCCUCCGCUAGGCUCUACUAUCAAGGCCAAUGAUAUAUUCCAGUUUCCAAAAACACCGGCUACUGCACGCAGCUCCAUUUCUACCGCGCCCAGGUCACCAAAAAGAACCAGAAAGCACACCCUCUGUCUCCCAAGACACCGAGCAAGAGAAUGGAUUGCACCGUGCAACUCCGAUUCCUAUUGAUCCCCCACGUACUUACCAUCAGGGCACAAGUACGAAAUACCAUCCACAGUACGAUCUUAACACCCACACCAAACUUGAACAACAGUGA